AUGGCACCGACGAAACCGAAGAAGAAAUCCCACAAGGACAAAGCGAGGGACCGAGCUCGAGCUAAGGCAGCCUCAACACAAAACUCAAAUGUCAACCCACGCGAGCUCCUCACACAAGCGACGACCUCUCUCGAAGAAGGCGAUCCGGAGGCCGCAGCGCGGAUAGCCCUCGUGGCCUACGAACACAUUAGUGAGGGCGGGCGACAAGCAGGCGCCGCGUUAUCAUUGCUCGGGCAAAUCCACGUCGAGCUAGGCGACAUCGACUCGGCGCGCGCCUUCUUUGCCGCCGCCGUCAAGGCCGACGAAGAUGGGUCACUCCCGGAGGACCUAGGCGGCGGGCCCGAGAAGUUCCUAUGGUUGGCGCAGCUCAGCCAAGAAGGUGGACAAGACAGCGUCUCGUGGUUUGAGCGCGGGGCGAGCGCAUUGCGGGCUCAGAUCCAGGUCCUCACGAGCGAACUAGAGUCGAGACCCCUCACGCGUGACGUGCAGGAGGCACUGAUUGCCGACAAGCGCAAGCGUUUGGCGGAAGCGCUGUGCUCAGUUGUGGAGGUGUACAUGACGGAUCUCAGCUGGGAGGAGGACGCGGAGCAACGGUGCGAGACACUUAUCACUGAGGCGAUCAUGCUUGCGCCUGAAUCGGCUGAGACUUGGCAAACGGUCGCCAAUGUGCGUAUUUCGCAAAGCCGAACAGAGGAGGCCCAGGAGGCAUUGAAGAGGGGCUUGGGAUUGUGGAGUGAGCUGGCACCAGAAGACCCUUCCGUUCCGCCGUUCGCUUCACGGGUUAGUUUGGUGCGGUUGUUGAUUGAGGUCGAUAUGGAAAAGGAGGCGUUGGAGGUAACCGAGCGAUUGAUCGCUGAAGACGACCGAAGUGUCGAGGUUCUCUACCUCGGCGGUUACGCCAAGUACAUUGCAGGGGAGAAGCUCAGGAACAGCAACGAACAGUCGGCCACGGUCGAUGCUGACAGCUGGAAGGCGCUCUGGCGGUCGUCCAGGAAGUGGCUAACACAGUGUUUGAAAGUGUUCAAGCAGGAGGAGUACGAAGACGAGAGGCUCGGAGCGCAUGCGCAGGACCUGCUAGAGUCGCUUAAGGGCGAGCUCGGCGAAGCUCCGGUGGACGGGGAAGAUGCAUGGGAGGAUACGGAUGAUGAGGAUGAAUGGGAGGGUCUGGAUGAUGACGAGGAUACUGAAAUGCAAUGA